GUGAAAUAAACAGACAGUGGGAUUUGAAAAGCAGUUUAAUUAGGUAGGAAACGUGGAGGCAAACGGAGAGACGCGCCAAUAUCUGAACCCCAAUUCCUUUUGAGCUGCAAACCUCCCUAAACAUGUGUCUCGCUCAUCACUUACCUCUCAUUUCGCCCUCUCUUUCUCUCACACUCAUUCACAUCACGCGAACAUUGGUCCGCUUCUUGAUCUGUAUUUUCUUCAUGGAUCAAUUUGCAUGAUCCAAUUCACUCAAAUCGAGAAACACAAAAUUGAAAAUUCAAUAUUAACCCUUAUGAAAUCAUACAAUGGUCUUGUUCUGUGAGGUCUUUCAUAUGGGUUGCGAUGAUUUAUGAGUUUUGAGUUUUAUAUGAUUCUUUUUCUUCCCCAUUUUCUUGCUUGGUUGAGGGCCAAUCUUGAGAAGAUUGAAUAAAAGGAAGAAAACGAAGGUUGAUGAGAGGCCAAAGGAGAAAAAAACAUAUGCAUCUAUGAAGACUUGGGCACGGAAGUCGCUGCCGCACCACCUGAUGCAGUUGUUGUCGGUUGAGCUUCUUCUUCUGCAAAUUUUUCAGAUGGAAUGGCAGAUCCUGUUAGUUAUGGGAAUUCUGAGCGGGACAUCGAACAAGCACUUAUUACUUUGAAAAAAGGCACUCAGUUAAUCAAAUAUAGCCGGAAAGGAAAACCCAAGUUUCGUGCAUUCAGACUUUCUCCAGAUGAAACGACAUUGAUCUGGUUAUCACAUGGAGAAGAAAAGAAUCUGAAAUUAUCUUCUGUCUCGCGGAUCAUUCCAGGACAGAGAACUGCUGUGUUUAGAAGAUACUUGCGCCCUGAAAAGGAUUACUUGUCAUUUUCACUUCUAUAUAACAACGGUGAAAGAUCUCUUGAUCUGAUCUGCAAGGAUAAAGUUGAGGCGGAGGUGUGGCUUGCGGCCCUUAAGGCGUUGAUAGGAAGGAAUCAUGGUAGACGUACAAGGAGUGAUAUUUCUGAUCUAACUGAAGGUGGGGAUUUUUUUCAAAAUGGCCGUCCUUUUGGUGCAACUCUAGAGUUUUCUUCAAGCAUUGCUGGGAGAGUGUCUAUUGAUUUAGGUUCUCGUGAUACCUCUUGGAAUUCAGCAAGCUCAGAUGUGGGGUCAGAACGUGCAAAUAUGCAACUAAGAACAAGUGGUGGAGAUGGUUUCCGGAUUAGUGUUUCAAGCACUCCAAGCUGUUCAAGUGGUGGAUCAGGUCCAGAUGACAUAGAACAGUUGGGUGAUGUUUAUGUAUGGGGAGAAGUUUGGAGUGAUGGAGUUUCGCCUGAUGGGUCCACAAGCUCAGUUCCUCUAAAGAUUGAUGUUUUGAUUCCUAAGCCCUUAGAAUCGAAUGUAGUUCUUGAUGUUCAUCAGAUUGCUUGUGGUAUGCAUCAUGUUGUUCUUGUAACAAAGCAAGGAGAGGUUUUUACCUGGGGAGAGGAAUCUGGGGGGAGACUUGGUCAUGGAAUGGAAAUGGACUUCAGUUGUCCUCGACUUGUUGAGUUUCUGGCAGUUACUAAUGUUGACUUUGUUGCUUGCGGUGAGUAUCAUACCUGUGCUGUGUCUUCAUCCGGUGACUUAUUUACCUGGGGUGAUGGUACACAUAAUGCUGGACUUCUUGGUCAAGGUACUGAUGUUAGCCACUGGAUACCAAAACGGGUUUCUGGCCCUUUAGAAGGACUUCAGGUUUUAUCUAUUGCAUGUGGCACAUGGCAUUCAGCUUUGGCAACUACAAAUGGAAAACUGUUUACAUUUGGAGAUGGAACAUUUGGUGUUUUGGGCCAUGGAGAUAGAGAAAGCGUGUCAUUUCCAAAAGAAGUUCAGUCAUUGAAUGGACUAAGGACUAUAAAGGUUGCAUGUGGCGUCUGGCAUACUGCUGCUAUAGUAGAGGUUAUGGGCCAGUCUGGAACGACUGUUUCAUCCAGAAAGUUGUUCACCUGGGGUGAUGGUGACAAAAACCGUUUAGGCCAUGGAAAUAAGGAAACCUAUCUGCUUCCUACUUGUGUCUCUUCCCUCAUUGACUACAACUUCCACCAGAUAGCAUGUGGACAUACAAUGACUGUUGCCCUCACAACCUCAGGUCAUUUGUUUGCAAUGGGUGGAACUGCAUAUGGUCAGCUAGGCAACGCCAACUCGGAUGGAAAAAUGCCCAGCUUAGUGCAAGAUAAUUUGGUAGGUGAAUUUGUUGAAGAAGUUUCUUGUGGGGCAUACCACGUUGCUGUCCUGACAUCAAGAAGUGAAGUGUACACUUGGGGCAGAGGUGCCAAUGGACAACUGGGACAUGGGGACACAGAAGAUAGGAGAAGCCCAACAUUAGUUGAAUCACUGAGAGAUAGGCAUGUUAAAAAUAUAUCAUGUGGCUCAAAUUUUACUUCUAGUAUAUGCAUCCACAAGUGGGUCUCUGGAGCAGACCAAUCAGUUUGCUCUGGUUGCCGGCAAGCAUUUGGUUUUACUAGAAAGAGGCAUAACUGUUAUAAUUGUGGGCUAGUUCAUUGUCACGCUUGCAGCUCCAAAAAAGCAUUGAAAGCAGCAUUAGCUCCAACUCCUGGCAAACCACAUCGAGUCUGUGAUGCUUGCUAUGCAAAACUUAAAACUGCUGAUGCUGGUAAUUCUAAUACGAACAGGAAAAGUACCACCCCACGUCGCUCAGUGGACAUCAGAGAAAAAAUGGACAGGGGAGAGGCCAGGACUUCAAGAAUUUUACUGUCUCCUACUACAGAACCUAUAAAAUACCUUGAGAUCAAAUCAGUGAAGCCUGGAACUAAAUCUGAGGUUCCUUCAAUAGUUAGAGCUUCCCAAGUUCCAUCACUUUUACAACUAAAAGAUGUUGCAUUUCCAAGUUCACUAAGUGCUCUUCACAGUGCAUGGAAGCCUCCUCCUUCAACAGUAUCUCAGCCUGCUCUGAACUUAACUCAGCCUAGUGCCAACUCAAGACCUGCUUCACCAUACUCAAGGAGACCAAGCCCUCCACGUACUGGCACUCCUGGAUUUUCUAGAAGUGUCAUUGAUAGCCUGAAAAAGACCAAUGACAUUUUGAAGCAAGACAUGACUAAAAUGCAAAACCAGAUUAAAAUUUUCAAGCAAAAGUGUAAUGCUCAAGAUAUAGAGAUUCAAAAACUACAGAAAAAAGCUAAAGAAACUGCUUUAUUGGCUACAGCAGAAACAACCAAGUCUAGAGUAGCCAAGGAACUCGUUAAGUCUAUCACAGAACAGCUAAAAGAAAUGACAGUGCAAUUGCCUCCUGAUGUUCAAGAAAGUGAAACCUUUAAAGCUAUGAAUUCUCAAAUCGAAACUUUUCUAAGCACGUAUGAAGCACCCGAAAGUUCUUCCUUGGCAGAAAGCUUAGAGUCUGGCCAAAAAACUGCAUCUGAUACAACUUGCUUGAUCAAAGAUUCUUCAAAUCUGCAAGACCAGAGGAUUGAAGACCAAGCAAACACCAUCAGAGCUACUGACUUAUCAAAUGAUGAUAGAAGUGUUCAUCGUAGAUCAUCUAGUACUAUGGAGGCUAUACCUCAUCAAAGCUCAGAAAAUGAUACCAGACGACUUGAAUCUUCAUCCACAAGAAGGGAAGGAGGAAGUAUCGAACAAUUUGAACCAGGGGUGUAUGUAACUUUUAUCCAACGUUCUGAUGGAGUAAAGAUCUUCAAGCGGGUCAAAUUCAGUAAAAGGAGGUUUCAGGAGCAGCAGGCAGAAGAAUGGUGGAAAGAAAACAAAGAUAGGCUGCUGAGGAGGUACAGUCCGCCAAUAGCAAAUGCUGCUUCAGCUGGAUCAUCCUCUACUCCUGCUGAUUCAGCGUCCAGCAGUGCUGUAACAUCCAGUGCUCCAGCUGAAUCAUCCACUACUGCUGCUGAGGAUACAAGUGAGGCAGGACCAUCAGAAACGUAGUAUCAUAAUUUACUAAAAUUAGUCUCUUGGAAUAACAAUGUAGAAAGCGGAUGUAGGAUCAAGGAGCUGCCUUUUGACCCUUAAGUCAACUAUCUGCUAGUUUGUAAACAAACAAUAUUCUGCGUUCAAAAGAAAAAUUAGAGAUGAGGAUUCUGCUUGCGGAUAAGCCAGAAUGCUGCAUUACAUUGCAAGUGGAUAGACAGAUGUUGAUGAAGGUUCUUUUUUAUUAAUAUAUAUUGUGUGCUGCGAUGAGUUAAAACUGUGAUAGGUGUAGAGUAGAUAAACUUGUUAGGACCUUCCAUUUGUAAAGCUUUGAAUUUGUGACAAUGAAGCUUCCUGUAGUUAUAUCUUUUCUUUCUUAAUUUUUGUUUUUCUGUUGGAUCAAUAAAAAUACUAAAUUCCAAUAACAUAACUUCUCCCAAUUACAUAGUA